CACAAGCGUGCCAAAAAUUAAAAUGAAAUCGAUUCACAGCGUGUGUGCUAUAAUAUACUUCCUAUCGUUAUCACUAACUCUGAUCUGUGACGCGACUAUUGAAAUUAAUGCGUUCACGGAAGCGGUACUGCAGCAGUCAAAGGCAGCUGAGAUUGCCAGUUUCAUGGACGCGAGCAUUGAUCCGUGUGAUGAUUUUUACGAGUUCGCCUGCGCUAGAUAUGGCAUCAUUAAUCCGACCAACAAUGUGAAAUCCACAGGAUUUUUGGAUCAUGUAUACGAUGGCUUUCAGCGUAAGGUAAAGCGACUGCUCAACAGCCCGCCCGACGCUCAGAAUACACCUGAAGAUCUACAAGUUAAAAUGUUUUACAAUUCUUGCUUGCGGCUGGAAAAAGUGGAGAGCACAUAUCAGAAAAAAUUAAGGCAAAUUAUAAAUGAAUUCGGUACUAUGCCUGUGCUGGAGGGCGAUGCCUGGCAUGCCUCAAGCUUCGACUGGUUGGAAACCAUUGCGCGGAUUGCACAUCGCUAUGGCAUAAUAAUAAUCAUUGGCGCUGUGGUAGAUAUCAAUGAUGUUGAUAAUAAAAAUAAUGUGGUAAUUUUAAUUGGCCAAGAAAUGUAUCUGGAGAGUCGCAGCAUAUAUUUGGAUAAUGAGGCAGCAAAUUAUCGAAAAACUUAUACUGAUAAAAUUGCACGUAAUCUGCAACGUUGGUUAGGACUAUCCAAGGAUUUGGCAGAUGUAACAGCCAAGGAAAUAUUGAGCUUUGAGGUGCAGCUGGCGCGUGGAAUGAUCGAUGAGAACGAAGGAAAAACUCUUAAGGAACGAACGCACAUCACCACUGUUGCCGACAUGCAGCGCGCCUAUGCGCCCAUACUCGAUAUAGAGCGACUGGUCAACGUAUCGCUAGGCGAGCAGGUAACCGAUUCUAUACAAGAAUACGAUGUGCAGUUUCAGCAGAAUUUGUGCAAGGUUAUGCACGAGACACCCAAGCGCAUUGUAGCCAACUAUAUUUAUUACUAUCUAAUUAGUGAGUUUGGCCUGGAGCCUGUUCAGGAAAUGCGCAAACGACAAGAACAAUGCAUGGGUGUAACCACAAAGUACUUUGCCAGUAAUCUGGAUAACAUGGUCUAUCGUUAUUACAAUAACAGCAAAGCUGCUCGCGACAUUGACUUGAUGUGGAAUAACCUCAAGCUGACUUUUGAGCAAACACUAAAGCACGAUCCGCUCUUAAGAUGGAUGCAGGCAGAAACAAGGCAACUGGCGUUGGAGAAGCUUAAGGCCAUGACGCUCAAAGUAAAUUCAUAUAGUGUGAAGGAGCUAGCUGAAGAGUUUAUAGGUCUCGAGAUGCAGGAAGAGGAUGUUCUAGAGAAUUUGCGUCGCAUCCAGAUUCAAAUAGCACGACUAAUGCGCAAAAAGCUGCAUGAGCCCGCCAAAUCUUUUCAAGCGGGUGAAGAACUAACCUUUACGCCUGCCAACAUUCUGGUGGAGAAUUCAAUAACAGUGCCAGUCUCAUUGCUGCAGUCGUAUUAUCUCUGGGCUGACGCUUACCCGCGAGCACUCAUGUUUGGAACGCUGGCCGCGUUCAUUGGACACGAGCUCAUGCACAGCUUCGAUGAUCAAGGACGUUCCUUUGAUUUGCAUGGCAACAUUUUGAAAGAUUGGUGGGAUGAGCGGUCCAACCAGGAGUUUGAGGAACGCAAGCAAUGCUUUACUAAGCAGUACAGUCAGUACAUCUACAACGGGAAACAUCUGCCUAUAACAGCUGCCCAAGCGGAGAACAUUGCCGACAAUGGAGGUGUGCGCUUGGCUUUUACUGCCUAUCGGAACUGGUUGAAUGCAACGGAGCGCAGUCCUGAGGCUCACAAGUUGAUGGCCAAGGAGCAACUAACCACACUCAAUUACACACCAUUGCAGCUUUUCUUCAUAAGCUACGCUCAGCUCUGGUGCAAUGAGCUGAGUGCGAACUUAACAGAUUGGGUAGUGGCUACUGAUCAGCAUGUACCAGGUAAAUUUCGUGUAAUUGGACCGCUGGCCAAUUUGGAUGAGUUUGCAAAGGAGUUUCAGUGCGCUCGUAAUACGCGCAUGAAUCCUGUUACUAAGUGUAAAUUAUAUUAAAUACGCACUCUAACACUUAUCAUAUUUCGAAUGAAUCAACUAUUUGUAAUUCAACAGCUUCUUGCUUUUUGUAUGCAAAUGAAUAUAAGUUGACGACUAUAUACCACAGACCGAUAUAACUUGUUAAAUAUGUACGACGACUUAAUGUUUUCACCGCAGAGUAAAUAGAGCCUACUAUUUAUUAUGAUUAGCACAUACGUUACGCUUGCUUGCAUUCCCAUAUUACUAAAAACAAAUAUAUGUGUACGAUUGUAAAUAGACGCAUUAUUAUUUAUAUAUAUAUAUAUACAUGCACUUUGACAUUUCAAAAUUAAGAGGCAAUUUUUAAGCUGUGCCGAAAUAAGAGGUAAAGAGAAUUAGCUACAAGCAUUUCAUAUGAGUUUAUUGAUGAUUUUCGUCCUUAGGCCAAUAUAUUUGCAUAUAUUUGUAGCUUAUAUAUUAUGUAUAUACGAUAGCGUACAUAUAGGCUGCACUAAUGUAUGAUAAUUAAUAUCGAAUCUUACGCAAACUAUAAACACUGUUUUGUUUUAUAAAAGUUGUAUAAGUGUAUGUGUUGCCAUUUUUAAUACCUUUGAACUUUAGGUAAUUAGUGCAAAU